GACGCCGAGGGCGCGGGGCCGCCGGAAGACCCAGGCGGACGGCCCCCCGGAGAGGCGUCGGGGCCUCCAGCCCGCGCCCUCCUGCUCGGGGACUUUGGAAGAAACAGGGCGCCAAAGGUCCAGCCUUUCCUGCCAUCAUGGUUGGCUGAGCCAAGCUGUGUUGGAAAGAGUGUCACUGAAGACUUGGUGCCUAUUGAGGACAUCCCUGAAGUCCACCCAGACAUGCAGAAAAAACUGCGGGCGCAUGGCAUCUCGUCCUACUUCCCAGUCCAGGCAGCAGUGAUUCCUGCCCUCCUGGAGAGCACAGCCAACGGGUUUCUGGUGGCCCGAGGUGGCUACCGGCCCAGGGACCUUUGUGUUUCUGCCCCGACGGGCAGUGGGAAGACCUUGGCCUUCGUCAUUCCUGUGGUACAGGCCCUGCUCCGUCGAGCUGUUUGCCAGGUCCGUGCUUUGGUCGUGCUGCCCACCAAGGAGUUGGCCCAGCAGGUGAGCAAAGUGUUCAACAGCUACACAGACGCCACGCCUCUGCGUGUGGCCUUGAUCACCGGGCAGAAGUCACUGGUCAAGGAGCAGGAGAGUCUUGUCCAGAAGACAGCAGACGGCUUCCGCUGCUUGGCUGACGUCGUGGUGGCCACCCCUGGCCGCCUGGUGGACCACAUCGACCAGACCCCAGGAUUCAGCCUCCAGCAUCUCCGCUUCCUGGUCAUCGACGAGGCCGACCGCAUGAUAGACAGCAUGCACCAGUCCUGGCUGCCCCGCGUGGUGGAGGCGGUCUUCCGGAGUGAUGGUGCCAAGGACCGCCCCUUGGCUCUGCUCCAGAGGAGGCAGCCCCAGGCCACCACUGCUGCCAGUAUCUCUUGUCCUCAGAUGCCACUGCAGAAACUGCUCUUCUCGGCCACCCUGACGCAGAACCCUGAGAAGCUGCAGCAGCUGGGCCUCUACCAGCCCCGGCUCUUCUCCACAGGGCUGGCGCGCAGAGGCCCCAGAGAUGCGGACGAGGACAGGGACUCAGGCGGGAAGUAUACCUUCCCCACGGGGCUCUCGCACCAUUACGUGCCGUGCAGCCUCCGCACUAAGCCACUGGCCGUCCUGCACCUGAUCCUGGAGAAGAAUUUCUCGAGGGUUCUCUGCUUCACCAACUCCCGUGAGAACUCCCACAGGCUCUUCCUGCUAGUCCAGGCUUUCGGAGGUGUGACCGCGGCAGAGUUCUCCUCCCGCUGCGGGCCCAGCCAGAGGAAGGUGGUCUUGAAGCAGUUUGAGCAGGGCAAGAUUCAGCUCCUCAUCAGCACAGACGCCAUGGCUCGAGGCAUUGACGUGCAGGGCGUGCAGCGGGUCAUCAACUACGACGCCCCCCAGUACCUGCGGACCUACGUGCACCGGGUCGGGAGAACCGCCCGCGCUGGAAAAACUGGGCAGGCCUUCACGCUGCUCCUCAAAGUGCAGGAGAGGAAGUUUCUCCGCAUGCUGGCUGAAGCCGGGGUGCCAGAGAUGGCGCGGCACGACAUCCCCAACGAGCUCCUGCAGCCGCUGCUCCCGCGGUACGAGGAGGCCUUGUCCCAGCUGGAGCGAGCCGUCAAGGAAGAGCGAAGACAGAAGGCACCCUGACAGGCUCAGAGGACAGGCAGGCUGGCGCUCUGCAGAGCAGACCCUUGCACCCCGUGCCUCCUGCUGGGCUUAGCCACCUCCUUUCCAGAAAAGUCCUGAGCAGUGGUGGUUGGAUAUAUGAGCAAAAGAUAGAUUCCUUGGAUUUCAGAGGGAGCAGCCGGCGGAAAGGGCCUUUGUCCUGCGGUGCGCUGCCUCCGCGUGCCAGGCCCCAGACGUGGUCGCUGCAGCAGGCCUGGCCCCGGGCAAGCUUGGGCCCCGGGUGAGAGCGUCAGGGGCAGCCUCUGACAGGUGGGGAUUUUGGGAAACUGACGGGGCGGCGUCUGGGGUUUAGCCUCGGCCCAUUAUGGGACGCUGGGCGUCCUCAGGACAUCUGCUGCCCGCCAGCCCGCACCUCCGUGAGCCAUUCCCGGUGCCUUCGCAGCCUCCACAUGGCGUCGGCACAGACCAGACCGCGCGGCUGGGGGGCUCCACACAGGGAUGAAGGAACUGUCACCGUGCGCCAGGACGUGGGUUGUGAAUGUAACAGAAAAUAGGCUUCAGGAGCACUGACCCGCCGUUUAUGUGAAGAUUUUGUUCUCAAAAUCAUAUGCUGAUAUUAAAACAAACUUUAAAAAACCA